AUGAACCAAGAAUCGAGAUUCUUGUCAGUUGAAGACAGUGCUAUCAAUAAUAGUAUUAACAGUGCUAAAUCCGGCGUAAUCGAUUCUCGUCGUCUUCGACCUUGGCAACCAUUUGUUAGACGCAAUUCAAUGUUGAUUGGUAUUUUCAUUGCUUUGAUCGGCUUCUUUCAUCUUUCCUAUGUAUUUCGUCAAUCGAAUUCAGUUCUACUAACACCACAUCAAUCUUCAGUGCACACAUAUCAAGAUAAAAAUUUAACUAUAAUGGCAACGCCAUUGCAAAACAAUACCAACAAGACUGAUCUCGUUCUUCAUGAAUCUGAACUACCUGUUUCAUGUGUUUUUGGAAUUCUUCAGUCAGAUGGAGCAUUCGGUAAUCGAAUGUUCCUUUUUGCUAGUGCCUACGGCUUAGCUCGUAUUCAUUCAUGUCAUCUUUAUAGAUACAUUAAUUGUCGGUUUUUAAUUGCGUCUGAUGAUAAAAAUUAUGCUAAACAACAUUUUGGCAAUUAUCCCGAUGUUUUUAUCACACCAUCGUCCUUUUUUCAUGGUCAUGAUUUGGCUGUAUUGGCUUUAUGUGAGCAUUCAAUUCUAACAGCAGGAACCUAUAGUUGGUGGGCAGCAUGGUUAGCAGGUGGUAAUGCCAUACACGAUCUUAACUAUCCAGUACCAUUUCAGAAAUGCAUCAAAGAACAUUAUUUUCCUCCAUGGUUUCUUUUUCCUCACAAUAGUUCAAGUAAACAAUGGAGUCCACCUCCAUCACAGUGA